AUGGAAUCCACCGUGCGCGCGCCUCUGCCUUAUGGAAAUGCCUGUGGCACCUGUGCUCGUGCCAAGUGUCGUUGCGUCCCCCGGAGCGGUGGUGGCGGCCGUUGUGAGAGAUGUCAUCGUUUGAACAAAGAAUGCCGCGUUCCUCCGGGACGUCGCAAGACCCAGCCCCAAACCAUGUCCAGGUCGGUUCAGCUGGAACGGAAACUGGAUGGCUUGAUGUCGCUACUGGCCUCGUCCGGCGGUCGGACGGAUCUGCCAACGCCGGUUCGGGGGCAGACUGCGCCACAGGGGAUGGGGCAAACUGAAGUCGAAUCAGAAAGAGAAGAUGAAGAAACAUUAGCAAGUGAGGAAGAGUCUCUCCAUACUUUUCGAACUCAACGGCUGCAGUUCCUCCCCUUGAUCCACAUACCAGCCACAACAACCGCUCGUGAUCUGAAACGACAGUCUCCUUUUCUGUGGCGUUGUAUUUCAGCUGUGGAAAGUAAGCGUACAGCACGUCAAACAGCCUUGUGUGUAAGGAUCCGGGAGUUGGCGGGGAAGCGGCUGCUGGUUGACUGCGAUAAGUCCCUGGAUCUAUUGCAGGGAGUGUUGGUCUAUCUUGCAUGGGUCACGUUGCACAGCCAGCCGCAAAAAUCAUCGCUCUGUAUUUAUUCCCAAAUGGCGAUCGGGCUGGUCGUCGAGCUGGGUCUCAACAAGCCCGCGCCUCCGGAUCUUAGCAUGACAGUCUCGAACUCCAAUGCCGUCGGCCAUAUGCCGGGUUUGAAAGCAUCGAUUUCAACUCUGCGCACGAUGAAUGAACGCCGAGCAGUAUUGAGCUGCUUUGUGCUGACGUCGAUAAUCGCGCAGUUCCUAGGUCGAAUGGAUCCACUACGAUGGACCCCGCAUAUGAAGGAAUGUCUUGAUGUCUUAGCGCACAGUGAAGAAUCGUCUGGUGAUGGGGUGCUAGUCCAGUUCACGCGCACCCGACUUCUCGCGGACCAGAUUCUUCAAGGCCCCUGGAGUGAGGGCCUGUAUGGCGUCAAUACAGCGCAAACCCUAGCCGCCUUCCAUCUCAAGGUACUCCAGUCACGGUUGGAGACGAUUAAAGCUGAGAUCCCCAUUCAACUUGCUGACAACAAGCCCAUUCUCUUUCAUUUUUACGAUACUGAGCUUAGUCUUUAUGAGGCCGCCCUGGUUAAGCCCCUUUCAGACGAAGAAUUUAGCCCCCAGCGACUUGAUCACCUUUACACCUGUCUUCGCGUGGUGAAACAGUUUUUUGAUCUAUUUUUCACAAUCCCUCUAGCUGGAUACACGUCCCUAGCGCUCCCUUAUCUUACACAGGUGUCGCACGGCUUGGUGACCCUCUUCCGCCUAUCGACCUUGGACUACCCGGGAUGGGAUAAGAGCGCGGUGAAAGGCACGGCGGACAUACUUGUCAUUUCAGAGCAGAUUGCCACGCGCAUGGGCAAGGUGGCGGAUGCGGUUGGGAUGCGCAGUGAGGGGGCGUAUUGCGAUCCGUUCAGUAAAUUGGGCAUGAUGAUGCAGAAGCUUCGGCGUGAGUGGGCAGUACGAUUACCAGAGUGCCCGCAGGUGGUAGCCGACCAAAGCUCAGGCGAGCCAUCAUUGUCGAGCAUAGAGAUGGGUGAUCUGGAUAGCUUUAUGGACUGGCCAGAGAUGGCGUGGUUGAUGGAAGGGGUUGGGACCAGAGGGUUCAUAUAA